CUCAAAUUGACAAACAUAAUUGUAUUUUUACUAUAAUUGAAUACAAAGAAUGAUCAAAAAUGAGUGAAAAACUCAAGGAAUUACGGGAAAGAUCCCAGAAACGGAAGAAACUGCUCGCGCAAACUCUGGGAGUGUCCAGUGUGAGCGAGCUGCGGCAUGCGUUGGGGGCGUCGCUGGACGUGCCGGCCAAGAAGCAGGCGGCGGCGGAGGGCGGGCCCGACGACGACAAGCCGGCGGCCAAGGACCAGCCCGAUGAACUCGUCUACACCGACUCUUCUACGUUCUUGAAGGGCACACAAUCAUCCAACCCCCACAAUGACUACUGCCAGCACUUCGUGGACACGGGCCAGCGGCCGCAGAACUUCAUCCGGGACGUCGGCCUCGCCGACCGCUUCGAGGAGUACCCCAAGCUGCGGGAACUCAUCAAGCUAAAAGAUGAUCUGAUUGCUGAGAGGGCCACUCCUCCUAUGUACUUGAAGUGUGAUCUGAAGACAUUUGACCUGAAGGAGCUGAACAACAAGUUCGACGUGCUGCUCGUGGAGCCCCCGCUGGGCGGCGCGUGGCGCUGGCGCGACGUGCUGGACCUGGAGCUGCAGCAGCUCGCCCAGCCCAGAGCCUUCGUGUUCCUGUGGUGCGGCUCCUCGGACGGCCUGGACAUGGGUCGCGAAUGCCUCAAGAAGUGGGGCUUCCGGCGCUGCGAGGACAUCUGCUGGAUCAAGACCAACAUCAACAACCCGGGCCACUCCAAGAACCUCGAGCAGAACGCCGUGUUCCAGCGGACUAAGGAACACUGCCUCAUGGGGAUUAAAGGCACGGUCCGUCGCUCGGUGGACGGCGACUUCAUCCACGCGAACGUGGACAUCGACCUCAUCAUCUCCGAGGACGCGGAGUUCGGCAGCGCCGAGAAGCCCAUCGAGAUCUUCCACAUCAUGGAGCACUUCUGUCUGGGACGGAGAAGAAUCCACCUGUUCGGUCGCGACUCCACCAUCCGUCCCGGCUGGGUCACUCUCGGCCACGAGCUCACCAACUCCAACUUCAACGCGUCUCUCUACGCCAGCUACUUCCUGGGAGGCAGGUCUCAUACAGGGUGCACCGAGCGGAUAGAGGCGCUGAGGCCCAAGUCCCCGCCCGCCGCCGGCAAGACGCGGCCGCGGAGACCCGGGUUCAGGCCCCGGCCUAGGACUAACGUGUGACUUGUUUGUACAGGUGUAACAAAUAAUGAUGCUAAAUUCCAUCAGCCAUCGGCCGAUAGCCAAUAAUUUUCUUAUAUGUAUCGGUCAGCUCAAUGAGGAGUUUACGGACUGCUCAUAAACAGGUUAUUUGUGCCACAUAUUCACUAUAACACCAUGUAUUUUUUAUGACAGGGUGUCUCAUAAGUCAACAACCUUGCAUAAACCUAGGCUGGUUUAUCAAAAAUCCUGACGACUAUCUUUAAUUUACUUUUAAUAUUCGUAUGAUUCAGAAGUAUAUUGGGUACUUUGUUAAACAAUACGGACAAGAUGAAGUGGCGCAUACAAUAAAAGAAGCUAAGUAAAACCGAGAUAAACGUUUUUAGUUCAACCAUUGGAAGAUUUGACGUUUCAGAUUUUAACUGCGCAAAUAGUCUAAAAUAACCGUAACGACUGCACUUCAACACCGUGAGUUCUAUAGAACGUGGACACGGCAUAAAGCCAUAACUAAAACGGAAUUUAAUAUUUGACAAC